CAGAAACCUCGGCGUCUUGCCAGGGUUUACGUCAACCUCGCCGCAUAAAAGCCGAGCACCAGGGGGGCGUGCGGGGCAGAGGAGAACUUAAACCAGGAGUGUGAUGGCGAUCGCCUUUCGGUCGGGGGGGAUGGAGGCAAAGUUGCCCGGAGGAUCCGCAGUGUUUCUCAUCUUUCUCUGUGCCGGACUCGCUAGUUGGAAGCAGGUGGGAUCGGCCUCCCUGAGCCCGGGGUCCACAGACUGGCCGGCAACCUCCGUCCAGCGGCCGGACCCCAGCCAGGGCCGGGAGUCGUCCAGCGCCGUGACCGAAAGCCGGAGGACCACGCGGCUGAGGUUCGUGCGCUUCACGCUGAACCAGGCCGACUACGAGGACUACGGGGAGGAGGACUACGGGGACGAGCCCACCACGCCGUCCGCCACGCUCGGCCCCCUGCCCCUCUGCGACUACAAGCCCUGCAGGCACCUGCAGGUCCCCUGCGCCGAGCUGCAGCGCGCCCGGCCCUGCCUGUGCGUCGGCAUGUCGGGCUCCGAUUCGCCGCCGUCGCAACCCAGGAUGGAGCAGGUGACGGCCAGGUGGGACCACGGCGCCAGCGUGCGCUGGUGCGAGCCCCUCUCCCAGGUGAGCAGCUACCGCCUGGUGCUCUGGCCGAAGGGCAGCUCGGCCAACGUGACCACCCGGCCCAUCCCCAGCCGCCACCGCCUCUUCACCCUGGACGGCCUGGAAGCGGCUACCACCUACACGGUCUGCGUCCUCGCCUUCAACCCGGCCGGCACCAGUAGGCUCUCCCAGCAGGACCUGGAGGGGGCGAGCCCCGGCACCGGACCCUGCCUGGUCUUCAGCACCAGCUUCACCCGCCAGCUCAUCCUCUACCUGGGCAUCGCUGUCUGCGUCCUCGUCGUGCUCAGUGUCCUCUGCGUCCUCCUCCGCUGCUUCUGCGCCAAGACCCAGCGCUCGCCGGCCCCCUCCUCCCUCGCCCUCGGCCUCCGCAACCCGACCUACGAGCACGACAAGGGAGGCCCGCAGGCGUCCUAGAGGGGGGUGUGUGGCUGGUGUCGAGAGAAGUUUUGGACUGUCGAGCGCCCCAGGUGGAGGCUGAAAAGCCCCUGUGGCAGGAAGGGGGUCGGGCAGUGGGGUGAACGGGUGCCCUGGCAGCACCAGGAGAAAGGC